AUGCCCAGGUCCUUCCUGGUCAAGAAGGUCAAACUUGACACGUUCUCCUCGGCAGACCUCGAGAGCUCCUACGGGCGCGCCCGCAGCGACCUCGGCGUGCGACUGCAUGAGACAGGAUACCUCAACGAUUACACGGGGCCCGCUUCCGUCUACGAUGGCGACGCCGAGGCGGCCUUGCUCAAAGGGCCGUCCCCGGAGCCCAUGUACGCUGCAGCCGUGCGGGGAGAGCUGGGCCCGGCGGCCGCGGGCUCGGCGCCGCCGCCCACCCCGCGGCCGGAGCUGGCCACGGCCGCGGGCGGCUACAUCAACGGCGACGCGGCUGUCAGCGAGGGCUACGCGGCUGACGCCUUCUUCAUCACCGACGGGCGCUCGCGUCGUAAGGCCACCAACGCCAACGCCGCCGCCGCCCCCUCCACGGCCUCUGCAGCGGCCCCCGACAGCGACGGCGGAGGCGGGGCCGGGGCGGGCGCGCGCGGUGCAGGGUCGGGAGCCAGGGGCCGGGGCGGCGCGCGCUCGGGGGCGGGCACCGAGGCGCGCGCGGGGACCGGGUCCGGCGGCGCAGGGGGCCGGCACGCGUGCGGCGAGUGCGGCAAAACGUACGCCACAUCGUCGAACCUGAGCCGCCAUAAGCAGACUCACCGCAGCCUGGACAGUCAGCUGGCGAGGCGCUGCCCGACGUGCGGCAAGGUGUACGUGUCCAUGCCGGCCAUGGCCAUGCACCUGCUCACGCACGACCUGCGCCACAAGUGCGGCGUGUGCGGCAAGGCCUUCUCGAGGCCCUGGCUCCUGCAGGGCCACAUGCGCUCCCACACCGGCGAGAAGCCCUUCGGCUGCGCGCACUGCGGCAAGGCCUUCGCCGACCGAUCCAACCUGCGCGCACACAUGCAGACGCACUCGGCCUUCAAGCACUUCCAGUGCAAGCGCUGCAAGAAGAGCUUCGCGCUCAAGUCCUAUCUCAACAAGCACUACGAGUCGGCCUGCUUCAAGGGCGGCGCCGGAGGCGGCGGCCCCGCGGCCCCGGCGCCCGCCGCGCCGCCGCAGCUCAGCCCUGUGCAGGCCUAG